AGACAGUCCAAAAGAAAAAGAAUCUCAAUGUUUCAGAAUAUUUAGAAUGAUUUGUCUCUUCAUUAUUUAUGCCUUAAUUAUAGCCUACAUAAUUUACUACCUCCUUAGUUUUACUGGUCCUUCAUCACUACAAAUGUCGAGAUCAGCUGGCGAUGUACCUGUUUCUGCUGUCAAUUUUAUCCCCGGAUCCAGUCAGAUCAAUAAUAUUACAUGUACUAUCGUUAAUACAACUGCUACAUCUGAUUGUAGUAAUAAUAUCACAACUAACACAGACUACAGCGUUUAUCAUAACAAUAUUUUAUUUUCGAGUUCAUUGACUGUUGAGUUUCAAAUUUACACUGUUGAUUCAACAAACUCAAAAACCGCAAGUCAUAUUCAAGACAAACUUUCUUCAUUAUUAUAUGAAAAUCUUUACACACUUUCGCCAUUUCAAUGGAAUUAUAUACUUUUAGAGCGCAUUCAAUAUCAAGAUCUCGACACUUCUUUAGAAAAAGCUAUGUUUACUGAAGUUGCCAGUAAAACUUCCGAACAUAGAGUUAAUUAUAUUGGCAAAGUGAGCUCGACCACUGUUGUUGGAUUUCUUUCUGGACUUGGUGGUUCAACUGCUUUCCUUUUGGUUAUAUAUAAAUUCUGUUUCGGCGGCUACAAGCCACCAGGAUUAUUAAAACCAGUCUUACCUGAAAAAUGGACUGUCUGA